GACGCGUUACGUCACGGUGGGCGGAAGUCCCAGCCGCUGUUUUGAAAUCGGGCCGCCGUAGUCUUACCAGCGCCUCUUUCCGCAGAGGCCGGCAACAGCUCAGCCCGAGGCAGACGGGAACCCCUGACGCCUGCUCUCAGGCCCUAUCGGCCUGAGGCCGCAGCUUCGCCAUGUCCACCCCUCCGUUGGCGGCGUCGGGAAUGGCGCCAGGGCCCUUCGGCGGGCCUCAGGCUCAGCAGGCCGCCCGGGAGGUCAACACGGCAUCGCUUUGCCGGAUCGGGCAGGAGACCGUGCAGGACAUCGUGUACCGCACCAUGGAGAUCUUCCAGCUCCUAAGGAACAUGCAGCUGCCAAAUGGUGUCACAUACCAUACUGGAACAUAUCAAGACCGGCUGGCAAAGCUACAGGAUCACCUUCGCCAACUUUCUAUUCUCUUCAGGAAGCUGAGAUUGGUCUAUGACAAAUGCAAUGAAAAUUGUGGAGGGAUGGAUCCCAUUCCAGUGGAGCAACUGAUUCCAUAUGUGGAAGAAGAUGGCUCAAAGAAUGAGGACCGCACUGGCCCACCUCGUUUUGCUAGUGAAGAGAGGCGAGAAAUUGCUGAAGUGAAUAAGAAACUCAAACAGAAGAAUCAACAGCUGAAGCAAAUUAUGGAUCAAUUACGAAAUCUCAUCUGGGAUAUAAAUGCCAUGUUGGCAAUGCGGAACUAAACUGAUAUUUAAAUUUCCUGCUUUACACGUUAUGCUGUUUUUUUCCCUCAAGUAUUUUUUCCCUUUGAAGAAGAUUAUUUAUCUGCUUUUAUUCUACUCACUAGAAUUAAAGUUCCUAUUUUUACAUUGCGGUUUUACAUUAAAGUAUUCAUUGGCAGUUUUUUUUUUUAAGCUAUUCUGUGAAUAAUUAUUGUAAUAAACUUUGAUAGGGUUUAUGUUUUGGUUAAUCUUCAGGAGUUUUUUAAGCAAAAUAAGUUUUGUAAAUAAAUUUUCAACUUGAUCAGUGGUGGUUUUGCUCAUUUUAUUACCCUUUUAGGAGUAAAGGUUUAAACAUUUUUGCAUAUGGAAAUAUCAAGUACUGUCUUAUCUGUAGUACAAACUAAUUAAACUUGUAAGUCACCA